UCAAAAGCCCCUUCCCUCCCCGCACUUUCAAUUCCUACUUCCAACGUUUCCAGCUGCAGAGGGGGGCACAAGACAACCAUGGCCCAGGGCCCUCGCGCCGAGAAAACCUUCUUUCAUGAACUAAUCUUCUAUUCGGCCAGCGCCGCUUUCAGUUGCCUGGUCCUAUUCGCCGGCCUCAAACAACUAGACCCAAACCGUGAAUCCUCCAAGAAAUCCAUUGAAAGAAAAAAAGCCAUCUCCAAACGCCUCGGCCGCCCCCUCAUCCACACUGACCCCUACGAGGAUGUGAUAGUGGGUGAUGUUGUGAACCCGAACCACAUAGACGUUGAAUUCGAGUCUGUUGGCGGGUUUGAUAGGAUCAAAGAAGCAUUGUACGAGUUGGUUAUUCUUCCUCUUAUAAGGCCCGAGCUCUUUGCUUAUGGCAAACUUUUGGGUCCCCAAAAAGGGGUGCUUUUGUACGGACCACCAGGAACAGGAAAAACCAUGCUUGCCAAAGCCAUUGCAAAAGAAUCUGGGGCUGUCUUUAUCAAUGUUAGAAUUUCUAAUUUAAUGAGUAAAUGGUUUGGUGACGCCCAGAAACUAGUGACUGCUAUCUUUAGUUUGGCUUAUAAGCUGCAGCCGGCUAUUAUAUUCAUUGAUGAAGUGGACAGUUUUCUGGGCCGUCGACGAGCCACGGACCAUGAGGCGAUGGCUAUUAUGAAAACCGAGUUCAUGGCCUUGUGGGAUGGUUUUACCACUGAUCAGAAUGCUCGAGUUAUGGUACUUGGUGCAACUAAUCGCCCAGCACAGCUCGAUGAAGCAAUACUUAGGCGUUUUUCUCAGGUUUUUGAAAUUGGAAGACCUGACUGUAAUGAUAGAAAAAAGAUAUUGAAGGUGAUAUUGAAGAACGAGAGAGUGGAGGACACUAUUGAUUUUGGCCACAUAGCUAGACUUUGUGAAGAUUACACUGGUUCAGAUUUGCUUGAGCUCUGCAAACAAGCAGCAUAUAUUCCUCUCAGGGAUCUCUUAAACGAAGAGAGGGCUGGGAAGAUACAUCAAUUACAGGCGCCAAGACCAUUGUCACAGUUGGACUUGGAGAAAGCUUUAGCUACUUCAAGUAAAACAGCUAGUGGUAUUAACGAGCACAAUGGGUAUAGCACUUGUUCAUCAGCAUGAGUUGAAUACAAUCAAGAUGGU